CCACGAUCCCGGAACAGGAAGUUCCGGCUCGGCAGCUGCUGACGUUGGUGCUGUCCAGAGUGACGAUGGCGUUCACAGAUCAGUCCCUGCUGGACAUAACAGAAAAGGAAACUCGGGAGAAGCUGUCGCUGUGGGACCGCCGCACCGAUGCCACGGCUCCGCUCACGGAGAAGCAAAUGGACUCGGUCCUGGAGAUCCGAGCCGCGGCGGAAACGCUGUCUCUCCCCUCAGAGCUCCCCAUUGAGGACUUGUGCAGCCUCUCCUCGCGGUCCCUGCAGUCGCCGUUCACUGCGACUGUACCCGACUCCACGGAGGACAUCCUGCUCAAGGGCUUCCGGACGCUCGACAUGGAGAACGACCGGAUAGAAACUGCUCAGCAGUUUUUCGCCUGGUUUGCCAAGUUACAGGCAAGAAUGGACCAGGAUGAGAGCUCAAACUACAGGCAAACCAGAGAUGAUCUCAACUGCUACCAGGAGCACUGUGACGCUAUCCUAAAAGACGCCGGCACAGCUCUGGCGCACUUGGACUCCCUUCAAAAACAGUAUCUGUUUGUGUCCAAUAAGACCGGCACGCUACACGAGGCCUGUGAGCAACUCCUAAAAGAACAAUCGGAGCUCGUUGACCUGGCCGAGAGCAUACAGCAGAAACUGUCAUACUUCAACGAGUUGGAAAACAUCAACACGAAACUGAACUCACCGACCUUGUCUGUAAAUAGUGAAGGAUUUAUACCGAUGCUUUCAAAACUGGAUGACUGCAUUGAAUAUGUGUCGUCACAUCCCAAUUUCAAGGACUACCCAGUUUAUUUGGCCAAGUUUAAACAAUGUCUUUCCAAAGCUAUGCACUUCAUGAAGAUUUACAUUGUAAACACUAUGCAGAACCUCACAAGCCAGUUAACGAAACGGGAUCCGAUGGGCCUGGCCAAUGCAGAUAAUGCCUUUACACUUUACUAUGUUAAGUUCAGAGCGGCUGCACCUAAAGUCAACUCACUAAUUGAACAGAUAGAGCAGCGAGCAGAGAAGAUUCCAGAAUACCAUCAGCUCCUGGGUGACAUCCAUCAGUGCUACCUGGACCAGAGAGAGCAGCUCCUGAGUCCCAGCAUCACCUCCACCAUUACUGACCUGACCAACCAAAACAACAAGGACCACUGUGCUCUGGUUCGCAGUGGCUGUGCCUUUAUGGUUCACGUGUGCCAGGAUGAGCACCAGCUGUACAACGAGUUCUUCUCUAAGCCGACACCUAAGCUAGAUGAGCUUCUUGAGAAGCUAUGUUUGUCACUGUAUGAUGUCCUCCGGCCUCUAAUCAUCCAUAUCAUCCACUUGGAAACCUUGUCUGAGCUCUGCAGCAUCCUGAAGAAUGAGAUGCUAGAAGAUCACGUUCAUAACAACAGUGCUCAGUUGGGUGCCUUUGAUGCAGUGGUGAAGCAGAUGCUGGAAGAUGUCCAGGAGAGACUGGUCUAUAGGACGCACAUUUACAUUCAGACUGAUAUCAUAGGCUACAACCCAGCUCCAGGGGAUCUGGCCUAUCCUGAGAAACUGGAGAUGAUGGAGAGAAUCGCUCAAAGCUUGAAGGAAGAGCAGAUGAAGCAUAUGUCACAAGAGUCGGCGUUUUCUGAUGUACAGCUUGAGGAUCCUGAUGGUAGAAGAAACAGCAAUGUUGGGGCUUUAGAAGCAUCGCGCCUGCAGACAUCGAUCUCUCCCGCUGAUCUGCACGGCAUGUGGUAUCCUACCGUCAGACGAACACUGGUUUGCCUGUCCAAGCUCUACAGAUGUAUAGAUAGAGCAGUCUUCCAGGGUUUAUCUCAAGAGGCCUUAUCUGCCUGCAUCCAGUCCCUGCUUAAAGCAUCUGAUAUCAUCCUCAAAAACAAGACGCAAAUAGACGGGCAACUUUUCCUGAUCAAGCACCUGCUGAUAUUGCGUGAACAGAUUGCCCCAUUUCACACCGAUUUUGCCAUCAAGGAAAUCUCACUGGACCUGAAGAAAACGCGAGAUGCUGCCUUCAAAAUCCUCAACCCUAAGGCUGUUCCCAAAUUCUUCCGACUUAACAGUCACAACGCAAUACUUGAAUUCCUUUUGGAGGGAACACCGGAGAUAAAGGAGCACUACAUUGACUCUAAGAAGGAUGUGGACCGACACCUGAAGUUCAGCUGUGAGCAGUUCAUCCAGCAGCAGACUCAGAUCUUUGUGGGGGCCCUUGAGGAGUUCGUCACUAAGGUUGCAGAUCUUAAGUCUAUGGCUAAAGAUGGUGGCAUCAACUACAGUCUGUCUCAGCUACCUUGGGCACAGCCAGAAAAGAUCAACGAUCUAGUGAUGGCUACCUACCGGGUGAUGAAGAGCAAGCUGCCAAGCACUUUACAGAGCAUGUCCUUUUACUUAGCCAACAGAGACACAGAGUUCAUCCUUUUCAAGCCUGUCCGGAAUAACAUCCAGCAGGUGUUCCAAAGACUGCAUGCCUGCCUUCAGGAGGAAUACAGCGGAGAGGACCUUCAAAUCAUUGCAUGUCCAUCUAUGGAACAGAUUAACCUACUGCUGUCGGUGAAUAAGUAAUGCCCACGCUCGGUGUGGCGGCGCCAGCAAACACGCGACGGAUAGCAAUGCAAUGCUACAACUCCAGCCAUGACCAGGACUCGUGUCCAGAGAGCUGCACCUGAGCUGAAGCGAGGACAAAGAAAACCCUGCACUCGGCCAGAGAUUCUCCAACAGCUGCAAGUAGGAGGUCGUAACAAACAGGGAGGUGGUUGUGUGCUGGGGACUGACUUUAAUCAUUUCGUUUGGUGUUUGUUGACUAAAGUUAAGGGGUGAUGGUGUGGUUUACGGUUGCUUUCAUGUAGGAGACAUCCAUUGUGAAGGAGGGUGGAUUUGGACGUUGCAUCAAUCUUAUCACCACAGUGAAUAAAAAGAACUUGCUCACUAUGUGAGGGAAGGGGAGUGGAUUUAAUCAGAGCGUUCUGAAACACAGGCACUAGAGGUUUGCUCAUUAGCCAGGUAGCUGAUGACCAGUUAAGGGAUUCCUAGCUUCCGCUGAUGGGAAAAUUAACAAGUGAAAAAUGCUGCAAAAUCUUUUAUUUGACAUUUUUAAAUUGUAGCAGUCUGUGUAACACAUUCAGUAAAUGGUGGCCUACUGUGCUACAGGAAACUCAGGUCGUCCUGAUCACAGAGAAACCCACACAACUGUCCUUUCCCUGCCAGAUGUUUUUUUUUUAAAGUAUUCUUCCACUUUCUUGUGAAGGAUUUUGGUAUUAUGUUGCAAAUAUGUAAAAGAAAAGUCUUAUGUUUUAUACGUUUCCUUUUAUACCUACAUUAAAAUACGAAUCUACUUUGCUCUGGUUAGUUGAUGGACCUUUGGCGGUUUUGCACUCUGUAUGAUUUAUGGUCCUCGAUGAGUCACAAAGGUCACAGAACAUGCCACAUGUAACGUUUGAUGUGUCCCAUGUAAAAUGAUGUUGUACAGCUGUGCUAUUUAUGAACAUUACAAUUAAUAAAAAAAACCUAAUGAUCUUUA